CUUAGGUCGCUUGAAGUUCUUUUCCCAUUGUUUGCAACACCUUGCACUUCCCUUUGUCCCACACCCGAACUCUCACUCUCACUCAUUCCUUAACAUCAUAUUCGAGUUGUUACUAUCAAGCAUUGUCCUUCACCUCCUAAUCUCAAGGAAACAUCACACAGUAUCUUGCAAAUCGUCCAGAGUUCACGUGUCUCGGUAACGGUAUGCCAUCUUCGCAGGUUAGCGAUGUCGUUAGGUGGGCCGCUCAUCUGGAACAAGAACACUAUUCUGACGAACCCGUUGCUACUCUUCCAAUGAAGCCAAAGGCAAGGCUUAACUCGGAUGAUAUCAGAGGUUUAGGGGCCGGAUUUGAAGAGAUUGUGGCUCCAUCCCCACCCGAGAUUGAGAUAAAGCUCGAGAUUGAAGACACGGUAGGACAGCGGAACCCAUCUCCGCUUGUUCAGUCGCCAAGCCAUGGGAACAAACUGCCACUCACCAACUCCUCCCACCCUGGUGCUUCUCGCCAGCCAGACCCUGUCGCACUUGAAGCUACUCUCACACAUGAAUCUCUUCGAACUCCUGAACGCUCUUCUAAGGGGGGUUCAAGCAGGCGCUCUCGUAACUCAUGUACGUCGCGUAACAGUUCUUUUCUCUUUGCACGGCAGCCAAUGUAAGGGGAAAUUGUUCUGAGGGCAAUUCUCUGUUGUUGUCGCCACGGUGAGAGGACGGAAUGAUACAUCGGAAUGCUCUUCCCCAAGGAAAAUCUUGUUGGUUUAGGAAGCUGGAUUGGUGAUUAAAAGCUAGCCGCUCAU